AUGAAUCUACACGAGAAAGGCGACGUCGAGGUUCAGAUUCAACAAUCUCGGUUUUUCAUCUCUUCCUCAGUCAUGUCAGAAACGUCACCGGAGUUCAAAAAGCUUUUCACCACGCAAAGCGGCACGUUGCGUAAGAGUAUCGAGCUCCCGGAUGAAGAUCCUGAAGCUUUUUACUUGGUGUGCCAGUCGGCUCAUGGAUCUUUUAUACCGCAAUCUCAUAUAUCGCUGCAAACACUUGUGAAUAUGGCUGACGCCAUUCAACGAUACAAGAUCCCCACUACGUCGCGCGUACACCAUACCGUAGCGUAUAGUUUCAUCACACAAACCCUAAGGCCAGAGACGAUUUCUACGCCCAAACUCCUUAUGCUUAUCCGCGUAGCUAAGGUUUUAGGCCCUACUAAGUACCAUCAAUUACUCCAAGAUGUCUUUUUUGUCCGUCCACUUCAACUAGGGCCAUUGCCUACUGAGCAUUUUGCUGGUGGUCAGGAUACAGAUUGUGUUGUACUGUUAGCAAAUCUGAUGCUUCGAGGUGCAGCAUGUCGCUCAGAAGUAGCAAGCAGACUGUUAAGUCCGCCGGGUUCCAGCGAAGCUCUCCAUCUACGCGAGAAAAACGACUUAGCUAUAUGGAUCUUGAAGGAAGACCCAAGCCUACAAGAGAUAAAUACUCGACUUCGAAGUUUGCGAAGGGCUGUAGACCUUCAGAGAGAACAGCUGCUGGACGCUAGUGGAGCAAUCGAGGAAGCGACUACCGAUAUCAGCCGUUACGUCCGCACUACUAUGGGAAAUGCUCUGAAAGCUGGAGACAAUCUCACAGAAGAGGUCUUGAAGCUAGAUACAUGCCAUGAAGUCAAACGCCUAAACGUCCGGAUUGCAGAAGACAGCCGGACAGCGAGGGAACUAGCGGAUGCUGAUGAUCUGGACCUGGAGCGCGUUUCCUCUAGCAGCACACAAUUUGAGAAUAUGGAAACUUAUGGCGAAUCUAUGGAAAAUUUGCCUGAUGGCUAUUUAGAAUUCGAGGAUGACGAGUCUGUGGCUUCUGCCAGAACAGUGUAA